AUGAUAUUGGAAUUACAUGUUUGGGGUGACGACGAGUUGUCGAUAAUAGAACCCGAAUGCAUUGCUGCUGCAUGGCUACUAAGUAUACACUUGGUGCCGCAGAAGGUGAAGUUCAGGAUUGUCAAGUCCAACAACACCAAUCUUGCCGAGUCAGAGAGAUUGCCGCUUCUAAUAGCGCCAUUUGCCGAUGCUUACACGAAAGUUGAAGGAUUCACUGAGAUUGCUAAUUACAUUUCCACACAGUAUCCGUUGGAUUCUACCAAGUUUGUACCUGACGGAAAGCUUUCACCCAAGGACCAGUUGAUCAACUCGUGCCUUCAGAGCUAUGUCAGGAAGACAUUACAUAACGUUCAUCAGUAUAACUUGUACGUUAACACGAAGAACUACGAGAAUUAUACCAGAAAAUUGUUUCUGCAUUACCUUCCGUUCCCAAUGAUGUAUAACCAGCCUUUGAAGUUCCACAAGAACGCUUGUGAGCAGGUGAAGCUUAUUGGACUUGGGAAUAACAAAUCUGGAUUCUUUAGUUUUGGAGGUGGCGGCGAAGAUGAGGUUGGCGACACAGAGCUCGUCAAUGACGACGAAGACGAAGAGUCCCAACCUGUCGCCAUUAGUGCCUUGCAUGAAAAGAUGCUACUUGCUAAAUCCAAAGACAAGACAAUUAUGAGAGAGGCGAGAAACUCAUUUAGGUGUGUGGCUCUUUUCCAUGGCUACAUCCAGCAUCUCAUGAAACUCUUUGAUGAAUUGAACCCAUCGCUGCCGGUUGAAUAUGCUUACCUUUUCAAGUCCAAGAAGAUCUCUUCAUCUGAGCUUCUUUUAUACGCUUACAUCUACACCCUUACUUUCAACGGACUCCCAGACCAAAACAUUGCAGAACACUUGAAGACGGAGUUCCCAGCAUUCUGGAAAUUUGCAACCACCAUCAUCACUGCCCUUCAAGACAACUUGAAACCUGGAAACCUACGAACCGCGAAGGGCAAAGAAGUGCCUUCGUUAUGGAACGAAAUCGGGUCUCUUGUUGGUCUUAUUCUGUAUAAGGAGCCAUACUAG